AUGGAGGUCUAUUUGGAACGAUCUUCGGAUCAAGCUGCUCGGACACAACAACCACUGAAACGGGCUCUCAUUGUUUACUCAUCCUCGGAUCCAGAAAUUUUCAUGAAGAUUGUUUAUGAAAAGUUUUCAAGUUUUGUAGCGACCACACAGAAUUCGGAAAGACAAGCAAAAUCAGAUAUAGCCUAUUCAUACACGCCAGAAAAAUUAUGCUUUUUGAGUGGACUUGAUCGGGUUGAAUAUCAUCAAUUUGCUACAUCAUAUGUUGAUUUGAUUGGAAGACAUGAUUUAUUGAUAUUUACUUUAUAUUCUGGAGGUGAUUGGCAAGCUCAUAAUUCAUCAAGUGGAUUAGAACAAUAUUUACUGAAUGAAAUUGAAUCAAGGAGAGUGAGUGUGUUGUUUUUAAGAGGAAGUCAUGGUAGUGCUCCUUCUAAACUUGGAUUUGUGAAAGCUUCUGUCAAGUCAGGUUAUGUAGAUUUUGUACAAGGCACUACAGCCAUCAAUCUUCAGGAAAUGAAUGAAUUGAGUUUAAAAAGUUCAAAUAUUGCAGCAUUCAUGAAUGAAAAUGCGCAAUAUUUUAAAAAGGAGGCUAAUACUACUUGCUGUGACUUGGAAGACUGUUAUUUGUGUGGAAUAAUGGAAACAUCGCUGGUAGAUUUGAAGAAAUGGCAUGUUUUGAUGAAAUCUGCUCAUCAUCCUAAACAAUUAUCUUUACUUGUUCACAAAGAUUACAAGGUGAUGUUUACUCCAUGGUAUGGUUGUUCACACAAAAAUCAGGUGUCACAUGAUAUUGUCUUAUACUUUUGCAGAUAUUUACUCUAUGACGCAUUUCAAUCCUCCGAAUCCACAAUGAAAACGAGACUGCUGAACCAACUUUUAAACCUUCCUCAAUUUUGGGAUAUUAAUGUUCGAACCCAUGUAGGGUUCGAAUAA